AUGUCUGGCGAUGACAGGAUGUUAUGGACACUGGGAGGAAAUCUCACGGAGUUUACUGAAAACCUAGAUGCCCUCCAGAGUUACCUGGCGCUCUCUUAUCAGGAGAUGAAUGCACCAUCAUUUUGUGUGGAGAGAGGAGCAGAUGGGAAGAUGCUUCUCCAUUACUACUCUGAUAGAAGUGGUCUGUGCCACAUUGUACCAGGUAUCAUUGAGGCUGUGGCCAAAGACUUCUUUGACAUUGACGUGACCAUGGAUAUCCUUGACGUGAAUCAAGAGGAGAGGACAGGGAAGAAGGAGCAUGUUGUGUUUCUGAUCGUGCAGAAGUCACACAGACAGAUGAGAAGGGCAAAGCCAAAGGGAUCACAAGACACUCAGGACAGCCAGAGAGACCAAGAGGCCCUGGAGGCAGCUUUCUUUAGGAUGAAAGAGAAAUAUUUAAGUGUCUGUCCCGUGAAAAAGUCCAGCUGGGAAGUUGUGAGAAGCAUAGUCAUGUUUGGAAAAGGGCAUCUCAGGGACACCUUUGAACCAAUUUAUCCCGAGUGGCUCUGGAUUGAAGAGAAGACAUUCUGCAAUGCUUUUCCCUUCCAUGUGGUAUUUGAUGAAUCACUGCGGGUCAAACAAGCUGGAGUGAACAUUCAGAAGUAUGUCCCAGGACUCCAAACCCAGAUGAUUCGAUUAGAUGAGUACUUCUCCAUCGUCCAUCCCCAGGUUACCUUCAAACUUUUCAGCAUCUGCAAAUUUAUCAAAUUUGUCCUGAAGACGCAAAGGGAGAUGACGCCUCAAGAAAAUGAGGGAAAGGCAUUGCAGGAGAAUGACACAGCAAGAGCCAAGGCAAGGCACCGUGAAGGUCAAUACUGCAGGGUGUUAUCCCUAGAACAUGCGGGAGAAUUUAAAACCUGCACAAUCCUCUUCAGCGAUGUGGUGACAUUUACGAACAUCCGUGCUGCCUGCGAACCUAUCCAGAUAGUGAAUAUGCCGAAUUUAAUGUACUCCAAGUUCGACAGGUUAACCAGUGCCCACGAUGUCUACAAAGUGGAAACAAUAGGAGAUGCUUAUAUGGUGGUAGGGGGUGUACCAGUGCCUAUUGGAAGCCAUGCUCAAAGAAUAGCCAACUUUGCCUUGGGGAUGAGAAUUUCUGCAAAAGAAGUGAUGAACCCUGUUACUGGAGAACCCAUCCAGAUCAGAGUGGGCAUCCCUACGGCUCCAGUCUUGGCAGGUGUCAUGGGGGACAAGAUGCCGCGGUACUGCUUGUUUGGUGACACUGUGAAUACAGUCUGUAGGAUGGAAAGUCACGGGCUUCCCAACAAAGUGCAUCUUAGCCCCACGGCCUACAGAGCCCUGGAUAAUCAAGGAAUAAUUGAGAGGGGUGAAAUUGAAGUGAAAGGGAAAGGGAAAAUGACCACAUACCUUCUGAUCCGGAACUUGAAUGCCUCAGAGGAUGAGAUCAUGGGGAGACCUCAAACUCGGCUUGAUCCUGAGGGUAAGCAAAAAAGAUAAGCCUCCCCCUGAGGACCCGUGCGACCAGUUUGCCCUGAACACUCUUCUCUUGCAUCCUGGAUAAGCGAGUGCUCAGGGACGUCGAGACAGCAGGACUCUGGCCGUCAUGAGGUCGGCAGACAGCCGGCGGCUGCUCCCCAAGAGUGA